AUGGAUAAAUUUCAAGGAUAUUUAGAGUUCGAUGGGGCUCGGCAACAGAGUUUUCUAUAUCCACUUUUUUUUCGGGAGUAUAUUUAUGUACUUGCUUAUGAUCAUGGUUUAAAUAGAUUAAAUAGAAAUCGCUAUAUUUUCUUGGAAAAUGCGGAUUAUGACAAAAAAUAUAGUUCACUAAUUACGAAACGCUUAAUUUUGCGAAUGUAUGAACAGAAUCGUUUGAUUAUUCCCACUAAGGAUGUGAACCAAAAUUCCUUUUUGGGGCAUACCAGUCUUUUCUAUUAUCAAAUGAUAUCUGUUUUAUUUGCAGUGAUUGUCGAAAUUCCAUUUUCCCUAAGAUUAGGAUCCUCUUUUCAAGGAAAACAAUUAAAAAAAUCUUAUAAUUUACAAUCAAUUCAUUCAAUAUUUCCCUUUUUAGAAGACAAAUUAGGACAUUUUAAUUAUGUGUUAGAUGUACUAAUACCUUACCCCAUCCAUCUAGAAAUCUUGGUUCAAACCCUACGUUACCGGGUAAAAGAUGCCUCUUCUUUGCAUUUUUUUCGGUUCUGUUUAUACGAGUAUUGUAAUUGGAAGAAUUUUUAUAUUAAAAAAAAAUCAAUUUUGAAUCCAAGAUUUUUCUUGUUCUUAUAUAAUUCUCAUGUAUGUGAAUACGAAUCCAUCUUUUUUUUUCUACGCAAGCGGUCUUCGCAUUUACGAUCGACAUCUUAUGAAGUCCUUUUUGAGCGAAUUGUAUUCUAUGGAAAAAUACACCAUUUUUUCAAAGUUUUUGUUAAUAAUUUUCCGGCAAUCCUAGGGUUGCUCAAGGAUCCUUUCAUACAUUAUGUUAGAUAUCACGGAAGAUGCAUUCUGGCAACAAAGGAUACGCCGCUUCUGAUGAAUAAAUGGAAAUAUUAUUUUGUUAAUUUAUGGCAAUGUUAUUUUUCGGUAUGGUUUCAAUCGCAAAAGGUCAAUAUAAAUCAAUUAUCUAAAGAUAAUUUAGAGUUUCUGGGUUAUCUGUCAAGUUUGCGAUUAAACCCUUUAGUGGUACGUAGUCAAAUGCUAGAAAACUCAUUUCUAAUAGAUAAUGUUAGAAUCAAAUUGGAUAGCAAAAUUCCAAUUUCUUCUAUUAUUGGAUCGUUGGCUAAAGAUAAAUUUUGUAAUGUAUUAGGGCAUCCCAUUAGUAAAGCAACCUGGACGGAUUCAUCAGAUUCUGAUAUUCUCAACCGAUUUGUGCGGAUAUGCAGAAAUAUUUCUCAUUAUUACAGCGGAUCUUCAAAAAAAAAGAAUUUGUAUCGAAUAAAAUAUAUACUUCGUCUUUGUUGUGUUAAAACUUUGGCUCGUAAACACAAAAGUACUGUACGCACUUUUUUAAAAAGGUUGGGCUCUGGUUUAUUGGAAGAAUUCCUUACGGGGGAAGACCAAGUUCUUUCUUUAAUCUUCCCAAGAAGUUAUUAUGCUUCUAAAAGAUUAUAUCGAGUGCGAAUUUGGUAUUUGGAUAUUCUUUAUCUUAAUGAUUUGGUCAAUCAUGAAUAA